AUGGAGCAACACCAUCAGCUGGCUGGGGCAGAGGGUCCUGUGUUUGAUGAUCCGGAGAAAUAUCGUAGAUUGAUGGGCAGAUUGAUAUAUCUUGCUGUGACGAGACCUGAUUUGGCAUAUUCAGUACACAUUUUAUCACAGUUUAUGCAGGUUCCUAAGGUGAUUCAUUGGGAGGCCGCUUUACGUGUGGUUCGAUAUUUGAAGAAAAAUCCAGGACAGGGCAUAUUAUUUCGUUCUGACAGUGAUCUCCGACUUGAGGGAUGGUGCGAUUCGGAUUGGGCUAGUUGUCCUCUUACUAGGAGAUCUGUGAGUGGGUGGCCUAAGAAGCGGCCUACAGUUUUUCGAUCAUCUGCAGAGGCAGAAUAUCGUUUGAUGGUUGCUAUUGUGUGUGAAUUAAAGUGGUUGAAGUAG